UAUCAUCAUCAGCACCGCAUCGCCGGGCAAGCAGCCUCGAGACCCACCGAUCGACCCUCAGUGGUCCCUCAUCACAGAGACGAUAAUAACGGAGAAGAGGUAGACUAGCGAGGCCAUGCCGGGGCCCCGGUAAACCGACAAAACAUAUUUUUCUCUUUGUUCCCCUCUACGCACCGCUAGCUGCCUCAACGCACCGCUAGGAGGAUCCGCGGAAUAGCUCUCUUUCUCUGCUGGAGGAGAGGAGACGGCAACUGAGGGAGAACGGAGAGAUUUUUCUACCGUAUAACCUAAUGGCAGAGCGUGAGGCGUCGCCGUUACCACUGGACGUUCGCGCCCGGCUGGCGGAGUUGGAGCUCGAGCUGUCAGAGGGUGACAUCACACAGAAGGGUUAUGAGAAGAAGCGGUCUAAGCUGAUCAGGGCGUACGUUCCUCAUCCUGGAGGUAUGGAGGGUAUGUCCCACCGCCCCUCCUUCGCCCCCCCGUCUGCCGCUCGCUUCCACAGACGGCGUUCUUCUGGAACACGCGAUGAACGCUAUCGUUCAGAUGUCCACAGUGAGGCAGUGCAGGCAGUGUUAGCCAGACAUGUGGAGAGCAAGGUGGCAGUGCCCAUGCCCUCCAAACGACGAUCACUGGUGGUACAGACAUCCAUGGACGCCUACACACCCCCAGACUCGUCGUCGGGCUCGGAGGAAGAGGCGGGGCCAGGCGAUGACAUGCCAGGGAUGGAACACUGGAUGACUCGCCCCGCCCACUUAGGUCCAGCCCACCUAGGCUCCACCUCCUCGUCCUCCUCGUCCACUCAGAGCGGUGGCAGCGGCAACGCAGGACGACUGGCCGACUCGCUCGCACACACACACCUCUCACACCCACACCUGGCACACCCUCACCUCACACACACACACACACACCUGACCCAGUCACACCACGUGUCAGCUCACCACUCACAAACACACCACGCUAUCGGACACCUGUCUCUGAAGCGUAAGCCAGCUCUGGGCGUGGCAGAGAACGGAGGCUCUCUCAGAAGAUCCUGUGAGUUCGGUUCUGAUAUGCUGUGGCCUCCACCACUGGAGUCUGACGAGCGCCACAUAGGAACCAUCGCACGAAACACACAGAAAUACGGCAACGCUGAACGCAUGGAGACUGGAGACGGUGUCCCGGUCAGCAGUCGUGUGUCUGCUAAGAUCCAGCAGCUAGUGAACACUCUGAAAAUGCCUCGUAGACCUCCACUCAGAGAGUUCUUCGUUGAUGACUUUGAAGAACUUCUAGAAGUCCAGCAGCCAGACCCCAAGCAGCGCCGUCCGGAGGGGGCAGAAAUGUUGGCAGUGAGAGGAGAGGAUCUGGGGGUGGUGACUAACUGGCCCCCUUCCCUGGAGGCAGCUCUCCAACGCUGGGGCACCAUUAGCCCUAAAGCCCCCUGUCUCACCAGCCUGGACACCACUGGCAAACCUCUAUAUGUACUCACAUACGGGAAGUUAUGGUCUCGAAGUGUCAAGCUGGCCUUUAACAUCCUACACAAGCUGGGCAGCAAGCAGGAGCCCAUGGUGCGACCGGGGGACAGGGUGGCGCUAGUGUUUCCUAAUAAUGACCCGGUGGCCUUCAUGGUGGCCUUCUAUGGCUGCCUGCUGGCUGAGGUGGUCCCUGUACCCAUAGAGGUGCCCCUCACACGCAAGGAUGCUGGCAGCCAGCAGAUCGGCUUCCUAUUGGGUAGCUGUGGGGUUACCGUGGCGCUGACCAGUGAUGCCUGCCAUAAAGGCCUGCCCAAGAGUGCUACAGGAGAGAUACCACAGUUCAGGGGAUGGCCUAAGCUGCUGUGGUUUGUGACUGAGUCGAAGCAUCUCUCCAAGCCUCCCAGAGACUGGUUCCCUCACAUCAAAGAUGCAAACAGCGACACAGCAUAUAUAGAGUACAAGACCUGUAAGGAUGGAAGUGUUCUGGGAGUCACGGUGAUGAGGAUCGCUCUGCUGACUCACUGCCAAGCCCUCACACAGUCCUGUGGCUACACAGAAGCGGAGACCAUAGUGAAUGUUCUAGACUUUAAGAAGGACGUGGGACUGUGGCACGGCAUCCUCACGAGCGUGAUGAAUAUGAUGCAUGUGAUCAGCGUUCCCUACUCUCUGAUGAAGGUCAACCCGUUGUCCUGGAUACAAAAGGUCUAUCACUUUAAAGCCAAAGUAGCGUGUGUAAAGUCCAGGGACAUGCACUGGGCUCUGGUGGCCCACAGAGAGCAGAAGGACAUCAGCCUGAGUUCCCUCCGGAUGCUGCUGGUUGCCGACGGAUCUAACCCUUGGUCUAUCUCGUCCUGUGACGCGUUCCUCAACGUGUUCCAGAGUAAAGGCUUAAGGUCAGAGGUCAUCUGUCCCUGUGCCAGCUCCCCCGAGGCACUGACUGUUGCCAUCAGAAGGCCAGUGGAGGACAGUAGCCAGCCACCAGGCCGAGGGGUUCUCUCCAUGCAGGGUCUGAGUUACAGUGUGGUCCGCGUCGACACGGAGGAACGCCUGUCAGUCCUCACUGUGCAGGAUGUGGGCACUGUCAUGCCUGGAGCCCUGGUGUGUGUGGUGAAGCCAGACGGUGUGCCUCUCCUGUGUAAGACAGAUGAGAUCGGGGAGCUGUGUGUGUGUUCCGUUGCCACGGGAACAUCGUACUACGGACUGACAGGCAUGACCAAGAACACCUUUGAGGUGUUUCCAGUAGCAUCCGGUGGAGGUCUGGUCAGUGAGUAUGCGUUUGUCCGUACGGGGCUGCUGGGCUUUGUGGGUCCAGGUGGUCUGGUGUUUAUCUCCGGCAAGAUGGACGGCCUCAUUGUGGUCAGCGGACGCAGACAUAAUGCUGAUGACAUCAUAGCCACCGCACUGGCCGUGGAGCCAAUGAAAUUCAUCUACAGAGGGAGGAUAGCAGUGUUCAGUGUGACCGUGCUGCAUGAUGAGCGUAUCGUGGUGGUAGCAGAGCAGAGACCAGACUCUACUGAGGAGGACAGCUUCCAGUGGAUGAGCCGCGUUCUUCAGGCGAUAGACAGUAUCCAUGGUGUGGGUGUGUUCUGCCUGGGGUUAGUUCCAGCCAACACCCUCCCUAAAACCCCCCUUGGGGGUCUACACCUGUCUGAGACCAAACAGCUGUACCUGGAGGGGGGGCUGCACCCCUGUAACGUCCUCAUGUGUCCUCACACCUGUGUUACCAACCUGCCCAAACCACGACAGAAACAACCAGAGAUUGGCCCUGCCUCUGUGAUGGUGGGGAACCUGGUGUCUGGGAAGAGGAUCGCUAUGGCCAGUGGCAGAGACCUGGGACAAACUGAUGACAAUGACCAGUUCCUGUUCCUGUCAGAGGUUCUGCAGUGGAGAUCUCAGACUACGCCUGAACACAUCCUCUACACACUGCUUAGCUCCCGGGGAGCGGUGUCUAGUUCUCUGACGUGUCUUCAGCUCCAUAAGAGGGCAGAGAGAGUUGCUGCUCUGCUGCUGGAGAGAGGAGGACUACAGGAGGGAGACCACAUAGCACUGGUCUACCCACCAGGUAUAGACCUAAUUGCAGCGUUCUACGGUUGUCUGUAUGCUGGCUGUGUUCCUAUCACGGUCCGACCGCCCCACCCACAGAACAUCUCAACCACACUGCCCACGGUCAAGAUGAUCGUAGAGGUCAGUCGUUCAGCCUGUGUGAUGACCACAGCGGUCAUCUGUAAGCUGUUGCGGUCCAAGGAGGCGGUCGCUACAGUUGACAUCAGGAACUGGCCUCCCGUCCUGGACACAGAUGACCUGCCAAAGAAGAAGUCUCCAGCGCUGUAUAAGCCCUGUAACCCUGAUGCCCUGGCCUACCUGGACUUCAGUGUGUCCACUACUGGCAUGCUGGCUGGAGUACAGAUAUCCCAUAAUGCAGUGGGAGCGUUCUGUCGGUCAGUGAAGCUGCAGUGUGAACUGUAUCCCUCCAGAGAGGUAGCAAUCUGUCUCGACCCCUACUGUGGCCUGGGCUUCGUCCUCUGGUGUCUCUGCAGUGUGUACAGUGGCCAUCAGUCGAUCCUGAUCCCUCCAGUAGAGUUGGAGUCUAACCCAGCCCUGUGGCUGCUUGCUGUCAGCCAGCUCCGAGUCAGAGACACCUUCUGUUCCUACAGCGUCAUGGAGCUCUGCACCAAAGGACUGGGCCUGCAGACAGAGGCACUGAAGGCGCGAGGCCUGGACCUGUCCCGUGUGAGGGCGUGUGUUGUGGUAGCAGAGGAGAGACCCAGGAUGUCUCUAACACACUCCUUCUCCAAGCUGUUUAAAGACCUGGGCCCACCCCGAUCUGUCAGCACAGCAUUUGGCUGUAGGGUCAACCUGGCUAUCUGUCUGCAGGGCACCUCCGGACCAGACCCUACUACAGUUUACGUGGACAUGAGAGCUCUGCGACAUGAUAGGGUUCGGUUGGUAGAGAGAGGUUCUCCUCACAGUCUCCCUCUCAUGGAGUCAGGAAAGAUCCUACCUGGUGUCCGCAUCAUCAUCGCCAACCCAGAGACCAAGGGACCCCUGGGAGACUCCCACCUAGGAGAGAUCUGGGUGCACAGUGCCCAUAAUGGCAGUGGAUAUUACAGUGGUUAUGGAGAGGAGGUCCUUCAGUCUGAUCACUUCAUCUCCAGACUCAGCUUCGGAGACACGUCCACCGUCUGGGCUCGCACCGGAUACCUGGGCUUCUUACGACGUACUGAACUCACUGAUGCCAGCGGAGAGAGACAUGAUGCGCUGUAUGUGGUGGGCGCGUUGGAGGAGGCCAUGGAGCUGAGGGGGAUGAGGUAUCAUCCUAUAGACAUCGAGACCUCUGUUAUCAGGACGCACCAGAGCAUCAUGGAAUGUGCUGUGUUUCCCUGGACUAACCUGCUGGUAGUUGUGGUGGAACUAGAAGGCUCGGAGCAGGAAGCCCUGGACCUGGUUCCCAUGGUGACCAAGGCGGUGCUGGAAGAGCAUUACCUCAUCGUUGGUGUCGUCGUGGUAACGGACAUCGGGGUGAUCCCCAUCAACUCUCGCGGGGAGAAGCAACGCAUGCAUCUCCGAGACGGCUUCCUACAGGACCAGCUAGACCCCAUCUACGUGGCUUAUAACAUGUAACCCAGCCGCCCCAUCCGGGGGGGGGGUGGGGGGGUGGAUGGAUGUAAGAGAGGGGGAUGUGUGUGUUAGCAUGUGUGUGUAUGCGUACGUGCGUGUAUAUUGCUGGUGUUGUUCAUUGCAAAUCAAGACGUACUGUAUUUUUGAAUCUGCACAUGGUCAUACGGUGUCGUGCCAGUUGUCUGUUCCUUUAGUUGUGCUGUGGUGGAGGUAUGGCUGUUUCCACAGCCCCAGUUAAACCUGACACCUAGACAGGAAGUCACUGUUCAAAGCCUUAGAGGAACACUGUGUACUGACUACACCACUGGUUGUUACCCGUUAGGAGAGAGAGAAAAUAUCUCUGAACAUAUCUGUUUUCUUAAUGAAAUAGACAUGAAAAAUUAAGUUAUUCAAGUAUAUUGUCAGAAAAAGACAGGGGGUUCAGAUUAGUGUAUAAAUAUAAAUAUUGUACAUAAACAAAAUGAUCUAUACGGCGAGAACUGAAACACACUGAGGACCUGUUAUACAGCUUUCUCCACCUGCGGUGUGUGCGUGUGUGUGUGCGUGUGUUUGUGCGUGCGUGUGCGUGUGUGAAUGAAUGUGACACAGUUCACUCCUCUUAUAAGAAUCACAUACAUCCUUAACGAUUUGUUUCCUAAAGACAAUUAACUCCUAAAUGCCAAGUUAACCUGGUAGAAAUACACAAUUGUUUCUAUCCAACAAUGUUUGACCGUUGUAAGCAUUUUAUUAUGGUAAUAUGUGAUUCUACUAAGAGAGCCCAGUAAGUAGCAGAGGGAAAUAGGAGUUGUUAAGCCCAGCUCUGGACCAGAAACACAAGAGACAUUCUAAAUGGUAGCCUAUUCCCUUGAAGUGCACUGUUGGGACUAUGGUCAUAAAUUGGACACUAUAUACAAAAUUAGCCCCCGUUUGGGACGCAUCCACAGUGAAGUGUGGAAACAAAAGAGUUUAGAAGAAAUGUAUUUAUCCAUCAUAAAAUGAUCACUUUAUGGCAUCGUCUAUGUUAUCAACUUUUCUGUGAAAAACGUAAUUUCAUGUUAAUGUUUAUUGCUAUGAGUAUUGUCCUAGAGGCAGAACUGAGUGGUUUUUGCUAGAUGGGCCAGCUGUGAAGUCAAAAUUGGCUAUAAUGUAAAAAUUCAUGAAAUCAAAAAUGUGCUUUUUUUGGGCUUAAUUUAAGGCGAAGGUUAGGCAUUAGGGUUAGCAGUGUGGUUAAGAUUAGAGUUAAGGUUUAACAUCUGAUUUGAUUCCAGCUAGUGACCACUCUGCAGAGCUGCCUCUAGGGCAAGACUCAUGAUAAUAAAUGCCAACCUGCUAAUUUUAAUCAAAUCAAAUGACAUUUGAUUUGUUACAUG